AUGGAGCACAAGGUGACCUGUGUCCUGGUCAUGGUCCUCAUGCUGGCUGUCAGCACCCUGGCUGAGGACCAGGCAGGUAAGGAAGCUUCUUCCUACACAUGUACAAUGACCCUCCGGGAGAGGGUGAACUGUGGUUAUUCUGGCAUCACGGCUGAGGAGUGCACAAGCAGAGGCUGCUGUUUUAACGACAGAACCAUGGGUUACCCGUGGUGCUUCCACCCCCUGGCCAUUGAGAACCCUGAAGAAGGAAGCCAUGACAGGGUAUUGUGUUCCCCCUGUGGCCCGAAAGUGGGGGAGGAAGAGCGGGAUUCUGCAGGGUUGGCAGCACUGGCCCCUCCUGGCCACCGCAGAGUCCGUGGCCAUGUGGAGCUGGGAACCAGGCAAGCUGUGGUGACAAAGGACCUGAACAAACACAGCUCUGCUGGAGCUCUUAAAGGCUCCAAGUCCCCCCUGGACUCCAGGGAGACAGGCUGA